GCGACGGGCAUUAUUAUCGUCUUUCUACCUGCCCGACUUGCAAAGAAAGUCGUUCGCAAUUGAAAACAUGAAACUCUUCACAAUACGUUGGUGUUUGAUGCGCCAAAAAUGAGGACUUCUAUCGAGAAGAGGCUGACAUCAGAUUAUCAGAAGGCGUUUGAUUGCAUGUCAUCUAUAUUAUGAUAUUUAAACUUGCAAUUUCUGUUUCUUUUCCUCCCUAAUUCUUGUUGGGACGUUAGUAACGUUCUGUAGUACAACUUCUGUUAAAAAUGAUGUUCUCUUUAUUACAACUUUUUUGGUUUUUCAUAACGACCGCGGUAGAUCCUCGGUUUUUUUCUUUAUUUUUAUACUUGUUCGUUUACCAACAAGUUUGUUCGUCUUUCAAUAAAUAAAGCGAGACGGAGUUCCUGUCACUCCCUGUAAAUCUAAGUGCGAUCCUUUUUCCGUCGUAAAAACUUCUUCACCGGGUGCCCCACAGCCUGCUACAACCUCUCACCCUUUUGGAUUCUUCGAUAAAGAGAGCCACGGUCUCUUCGACGGAAUUUAUCAUCUGGCAGCAAACUCUGGGAAUCAAGAGUUAGGGUGGCGUUUCCAGAAACACUAACCGGAAUAAUGAGAAGUUGAUGAGGCAACAUGGUGGUUUGGUUUGAAGCACACGCCACCAGUCGUUCUCCAUCGCCUUAAGUCAAAGAGCUUCAAGGUCGAAGCAACAACCCAAAUGUAUUCCUGGGCUUAGUCACUACCACCUUGCCGUAUAUAGACCUUCAACUGGACAAUUCGCAAAAGGAUAGAAAGGGGGAGAAGGAAGAUGUCGCCUCAUGUAUCUUUGUCCCUUCUUCUUCUUUUCGUAUCUGCAUUCUCUUAUUACUGUAUUGCUGUCCCCGUGGUGCCCUUGUUGGAGAGUGGUGAGAAUUCUCAAGCACCCAAAUCAAGAACCAACGUCUUUGAUAAUUCCAAGUACGGCAUAUUGCAGCUCGACAAUGGGUUGGCAAGAACUCCUCAGAUGGGGUGGAAUAGUUGGAAUUUCUUUGCCUGUGACAUAAACGAGAAGGUUAUCAAAGAAACAGCUGAUGCACUCAUCUCAACUGGAUUGGCUGAUUUGGGCUAUGUUUAUGUGAAUAUAGAUGAUUGCUGGUCUUCUAAAUUGCGAAAUUUAAAGGGCGAACUGGUACCAAAUCGAAGGACAUUUCCUUCUGGAAUCAAGGCACUGGCUGACUAUAUACAUGAAAGGGGUCUGAAGCUUGGUAUCUAUUCUGAUGCUGGGAUCUUUACAUGCCAAGUUCGGCCAGGAUCCCUUUUCCAUGAAACUGAGGAUGCAACUACAUUUGCUUUUUGGGGCGUUGAUUACUUGAAGUAUGAUAACUGUUACAAUUUGGGGAUCAAGCCCCAAAAACGUUAUCCACCGAUGCGAGAUGCAUUAAAUGCUACUGGUCGCACCAUUUUCUAUUCACUUUGUGAAUGGGGUGUUGAGGAUCCUGCCCUCUGGGCAGGUGGUGUUGGAAAUAGUUGGCGGACAACUGAUGAUAUCACCGAUUCUUGGAUUAGUAUGACAACAAUUGCCGAUCUCAAUGAUAAAUGGGCUGCAUAUGCUGGACCUGGUGGAUGGAAUGAUCCAGACAUGCUUGAGGUUGGCAAUGGAGGGAUGACUUACCAAGAGUACCGUUCACAUUUUAGUAUAUGGGCCUUGAUGAAGGCUCCUUUACUAAUUGGUUGUGAUGUAAGGAAUAUGACUGCAGAGACAUUGGAAAUCUUGAGCAAUAGGGAGGUUAUUGAUGUAAACCAAGAUUCUCUUGGUGUUCAGGGUAGGAAGGUUUCAACAGCUGGCAGCAGUGGGUGCAGCCAGGUUUGGGCAGGUCCACUGUCUGGAGAGCGCUUGGUUGUAGCCCUGUGGAAUCGAUGUGACAACAGCACAGCCAUCACUGUUGAAUGGGAGACUAUUGGCCUAGAAAAUACAACUGUUGUUUCAAUCAGAGAUCUCUGGCAGCAUCAGGAUUUAUCAGAAAAUGCAGCCGGUUCUUUCAGUGCGACAGUGGAGUCUCAUGCUUGUGAAAUGUAUAUAUUUUCACCUUCUUCGGUCAGUCACACCAUGAUAGAACAAGUGUAAUCGCUUUAGAACCUCAACGUGUAAACUGUAUUUCUAGAAUAUCAAUCUGUUAAUAGUAAUGUAAGCAGAACAGUCUCCUGGUAUCUGCUAUUGUCAAUACUGCACAAAAAUGUAUCGCAGUUCCUGUUGUCCUUCCCAAAUCUUUUAAAGCAUUGUCCGUUUUCUUGUG